AUGGCCCAUCAGCUUUACGGCACCUCUUCGGCCGUGGCCUACGAAAGGGCGCUCCUCACCGGAGCCCGCUGCGUUGAGAUCGAUGCUUGGGACGACGAUGACGAUGCCGAAGAACCCAAGGUCACUCACGGCUACACCCUCGCCUCCCACAUCUCCUUCCGAGCCGUAUGCGAGACGAUCCGUGACGCGAUCGACAAGGAGGUCGAGCAGGCUGCCCGCGACCAGUCCCUCCAUCCCGCCCCCGUACUCAUCUCGCUCGAGAACCACUGCAACGCUCAGGGGCAGCUCAGGCUCGUCCAAAUCAUGCAGGAGGUCUGGCAGGACCGGCUCGUCAGCGAGGCCGUACGAGCCGAAGGCCACUCGGAGCAGCAGGGCACCGGCGAAAAGAUCCGGCUGGACCACCUGGGGGCCAAGAUCGCCGUCAUGGUUGAGUUCCACCUGGCCGGCGAGAAAGGCGAUGGUGACGGCGACGAUUCCAGCAGCAGCAGCAGCUCGAGUGAUGACGAAGACGCUGAGCACCAAGAGGACCGGAAGAAGUACAAGGAGAAGAAGAAAGCCACGAAGGCCGUCGGCAUCAUUCCCGAGCUUGCGGCCCUCGGAGUCUAUGCCCAGUCGGUCAAACCCGUCAACGACUCGUGGCUGAGCGGCGAACUCGCCGCGGGGCCCCACAACCAUCUCAUCAAUAUGUCAGAAAGCGGCGUCGGCUCACUCAUCCCCAAAUCGGGCGACAAGAUUGCUCGCCACAAUGCCCGCCAUCUGAUGCGUGUCUACCCCAAAGGAACACGCAUCUCGUCCCGCAACCUCAACCCGGUCCCGUUCUGGGGCGUCGGGGCCCAGGUAUGCGCUCUCAACUGGCAGUCUUACGACCAUGCCAUGCAACUCAACGAGGCCCUCUUCAGCGGCUCGGACGGAUACGUCCUCAAGCCCGCAGCCCUGCGGAUUGGCGGCAGCGGAGACCUUUCCACGGGCCGUAAGAAGCUGAAGCUCCACAUCGCGGGUGCCACCGACCUCCCCAUCCCUAGCGGACGCCAAGCCGACGAUAUUCGCCCAUACGUCAGCUGCACCCUCGUCCACCCGAGCGACCUGGAACGCAAGCCGCCCAAGAGGAAGACCUCGGGUUACAAGCAGCACAAGCUGCAGAUCAUCCACAAGGGCGAGCAGCCCAUCAACACCGACCCAAUCUGGAACGAAGUCCUGGAGUGGGAGUACGACGACAACGAGCUCACCUUCCUCCGGCUGAUCGUCAAGAGCGACGACAAGUUCUCGCGUAACCCCAUGUUUGCCGUCGCUGCCGUGAGGUUGAGCUACUGCACUCCCCACUGGCGCUUCAUCCGCCUGCUCGAUCUCAAGGGGCGCGAGACACACGGCACCCUCCUCGUCAAAUUUGACUUUGAAGACAUCUAA